GCAGCAGUAGUCAUAGCGCCGACGUUCCCGUAGAAUACACGGCAUUCAACAUUCACUUCUGUCGCCUGUAUAAAACGUUACUUUUACCGCAACAAAGUUUUUUUUCGAAAUUUUAAAUGAAGUGGUCAGUGUUUUUUCAGUGCUACGAAUUUUACGUAAAACCACAUUUUGUGCCAUUCCCUGAUUACAUCAAGAAAAUAUGAACAGGAAAAGAAGUAAAGGGUAUCGUGGGGGCCUAGGCGCGAGGAGACAUGUCCGUCGCCUCUGACUCGUUCUCUGAGGAGGAGCGCAGCCUAUUCCGUCCAUUCACGCGCGAGUCAUUGGCCGCCAUCGAAGCUCGGAUUGCCGAAGAAUAUGCCAAGCAGAAAGAGCUCGAAAAGAAGAGAGCUGAGGGAGAACCCGGUUUUGGACGCAGGAAAAAGAAAAAAGAAAUUCGGUAUGAAGACGAGGACGAAGAUGAAGGCCCCCAACCAGACCAGACACUGGAGCAAGGACUGCCCAUUCCAGUACGGCUCCAGGGUAGUUUUCCACCAGAACUUGCUAGCACACCACUCGAGGACAUCGAUCCCUAUUAUAGCAACCAAAUGACUUUUGUAGUAGUUAGUAAAGGAAAGGACAUAUUUCGGUUUAGCGCAACAAAUGCCCUUUGGAUACUAGAUCCUUUCAACCCAAUCCGUCGUGUGGCCAUUUACAUUUUAGUACAUCCUUUAUUUUCACUUUUUAUUAUUACAACCAUCCUAGUCAAUUGUAUCCUUAUGAUCAUGCCAACAACUCCCACCGUAGAAUCAACUGAAGUGAUAUUCACGGGCAUCUAUACGUUCGAAUCAGCUGUGAAGGUGAUGGCGAGAGGUUUUAUUCUUCAACCAUUCACCUACCUUAGAGAUGCAUGGAACUGGCUCGACUUCGUAGUCAUAGCUUUAGCUUAUGUUACUAUGGGUAUAGACCUGGGAAAUCUAGCUGCCUUAAGAACAUUUAGGGUCCUUCGAGCCCUAAAAACGGUUGCCAUUGUGCCAGGUUUGAAGACCAUCGUAGGUGCCGUAAUAGAAUCUGUAAAAAAUCUGCGAGAUGUGAUAAUUUUAACAAUGUUUUCACUUUCUGUUUUUGCUCUUAUGGGUUUACAAAUUUAUAUGGGUGUCCUCACGCAAAAGUGUAUAAAAAACUUUCCUCAAGAUGGAUCAUGGGGUAACCUUUCAGACGAGAAUUGGGAUUUAUUUAUGAAAAACGAAACUAAUUGGUAUCGAGAUGCCGAUAAAGGUGAUGAAAUACCACUUUGUGGAAACUCAUCAGGUGCUGGCACAUGUAAACCUGGUUACACAUGUCUGCAAGGUUACGGUGACAAUCCAAAUUAUGGGUAUACUAGUUUUGACACUUUCGGAUGGGCCUUUCUCUCUGCCUUUAGAUUAAUGACUCAGGAUUAUUGGGAAAAUUUAUACCAACUGGUUUUAAGAUCAGCUGGUCCCUGGCACAUGUUAUUUUUUAUUGUUAUUAUAUUUUUGGGAUCGUUUUAUUUAGUGAACCUAAUCUUAGCUAUCGUCGCCAUGUCAUAUGACGAGUUACAAAAGAAAGCGGAAGAAGAAGAAGCCGCUGAGGAAGAAGCAAUAAGAGAAGCAGAAAAAGCAGCAAUAGCCAAACAAAACAGAGCAGAUGCCAGGGCAGCGGCACAUGAAGAAGCAGCCAGAAUUGCAGCUGGUGGUGCACCAAUUGGGAGCACCGACAUUGUCAAAUCGCCGUCAGAUUUUUCCUGUCACAGUUACGAGCUUUUCGUCAACCAACCGAAAGGCCAAGAUGACAACAACAAAGAAAAGAUGAGCAUCAGAUCGGAAGGAUUAGAUUCUGUGAGUGAGCAGAGGAGAAUACCCACUAAUCCCACCAAGAUGCGGAAAGUCAGCGCUGCAAGUCUAAGUCUCCCUGGAUCUCCAUUCAAUCUACGCCGAGGUUCCAGAGGGUCCCAUCAAUUUACCUCGCGAAACAGUAGGCGUAUGGUGGCACCACCUGGUGACCGUAAACCACUGGUACUUUCAACCUAUCUUGAUGCACAGGAACAUUUGCCUUAUGCCGAUGACUCCAAUGCUGUUACACCGAUGAGCGAGGAGAAUGGUGCUAUGGUGGUACCAAUGUAUUAUACCAAUCUUGGAUCACGUCACUCAUCGUACACUUCGCACGCUUCACGGAUGUCCUACACCUCUCACGCAGACCUUUUGGGCGGUUUUGGGGGCAACGGCAAAGCUGCCAUGACGAAAGAGUUCCAGCUGAUGCAUCGAUCAUUGAGAAAUGGACCAGCGUUGAAUACAAAUAAUUUUAUGGAAUAUCCGCGUAAACCCAAAAUGGGAGAUUAUGAUGGACCAACUAGUCAACUAAGUGAGAAAGUGAAGGCUCUUGACAAUCCAUUUAUUGACAACAUAAGUCAGAAACAAACUGUUGUUGAUAUGAAAGACGUUAUGGUUCUUAACGACAUAAUCGAGCAAGCAGCUGGUAGAGAAAUAGUAGAAGAACAUGGCGUUGCUGUUUAUUAUUUCUCAGCCAAUAAUGAGGAAGAAGAGGAGGAAGAUGAACCAACGUUCAAAGAAAAAUUCCUGGAGAAUGCCAUUAAAAUUAUUGACAUGUUUUGUGUCUGGGAUUGUUGUUGGUGCUGGUUGCAGAUUCAGAAAUAUGUUGCUCUACUGGUAUUUGAUCCUUUUGUUGAGCUUUUUAUCACACUUUGUAUUGUUGUUAACACGCUAUUUAUGGCAUUGGAUCACCACAAUAUGGAUCCAGAUUUGGAAAGAGCUUUGAAAAGUGGGAACUAUUUCUUCACAGCAACGUUCAUGAUUGAAGCUACUUGCAAACUUAUAGCAAUGAGCCCAAAAUACUAUUUCCAGGAGGGAUGGAAUAUUUUUGAUUUCAUAAUAGUAGCUUUAUCCCUACUAGAGUUGGGUCUAGAAGGAGUUCAAGGACUAUCAGUAUUGCGCUCGUUUAGACUGUUGCGAGUUUUCAAAUUGGCGAAAUCCUGGCCCACUUUGAACUUGCUUAUAUCUAUUAUGGGCAGAACCAUGGGUGCCUUGGGUAACCUGACAUUUGUGUUGUGUAUUAUUAUUUUCAUAUUUGCCGUAAUGGGAAUGCAACUUUUUGGAAAGAACUAUUGGGAUAAUGUGGACAGAUUUCCAGAUCAUUCGAUGCCUCGAUGGAAUUUUACAGACUUUAUGCAUUCGUUUAUGAUUGUAUUCAGAGUAUUGUGCGGAGAAUGGAUCGAAUCCAUGUGGGACUGUAUGCUUGUAGGUGACGUUUCUUGUAUCCCAUUCUUUUUGGCUACUGUUGUCAUUGGCAAUCUUGUGGUGCUUAACCUUUUCUUAGCCUUGCUUUUGAGUAACUUCGGUUCAUCAAGUCUCUCAGCGCCUACAGCAGAUAACGAUACCAACAAAAUAGCUGAAGCGUUUGACAGAAUAGGCCGAUUCAUCAAUUGGAUCAAGUCGAACUGCAUGCAGUUUGCGAAACUAGUGAGGUUUAAACUGACGAACCAAAUUUCCGACCAGCCUCCAGAUACUCGGGAUGGUGGACUCGACAUUGCUGGUGACGACAUCAUAGCUGACGGAAUGAUAUUCAAAGACAAAAAGAGUCCGAAGGAUAAACUUGAAGUAACUAUAGGUGACGGAAUGGAAUUCACGAUACACGGGGAUGUCCUAAAACAAAAUAAUAUUAAACGAGGAAAAAAUAUGAACAACAUUAACAACAAAGUUAAAACUAUUGGAAAUUCCAUUCUAGAACAUGGGGACUUUAUUGGACAUCUAGAAGAAGACGAAAUUAGCAAUAAGUCUUAUGGCAGUCAUAAAAAUAGGUUUAAAGAAGAAAGUCAUAAAGGUAGUGCUGAUAUUUUGGAUGAUCAAGAAGAAAAACGAGAUGCUAGUAAAGAAGAAUUGGGAAUAGAAGAAGAAAUGGAAGAAGAUGAAUGUGAUUGCCAAGGUCCACUAGACGAAGAUCUUAUAAUGGAUGCUGCGACAGAAGAUAUAAUCUUAGACGAAUAUUCAGCUGACUGUUUUCCAGAAACUUGCUACAAGAAAUUUCCAUUCUUGGCAGGUGAUGAAGAUUCACCAUUCUGGCAAGGCUGGGGCAAUCUUCGUUACAAGACUUUCCAACUCAUCGAAAACAAAUAUUUCGAAACCGCUGUGAUAACUAUGAUUCUCCUAAGCAGUUUGGCUCUGGCUUUGGAAGAUGUUCAUUUAUCGUCAAGACCUAUACUCCAAGACAUCCUCUACUAUAUGGAUAGGAUAUUUACUGUCAUAUUCUUCUUUGAAAUGUUAAUCAAAUGGCUUGCCCUUGGUUUCCAGAAAUAUUUCACUAACGCUUGGUGCUGGCUCGACUUUGUCAUCGUAAUGGUAUCACUUAUCAACUUUAUAGCUUCGUUAUGUGGAGCUGGUGGUAUACAAGCAUUCAAAACCAUGAGAACUCUUAGGGCGUUAAGACCUUUGAGAGCUAUGUCAAGAAUGCAGGGUAUGAGGGUGGUAGUAAACGCAUUGGUCCAAGCCAUCCCAUCUAUCUUCAAUGUAUUGCUAGUGUGCUUGAUAUUUUGGCUAAUUUUUGCUAUUAUGGGUGUACAGCUAUUUGCUGGAAAAUAUUACAAGUGUGUUGAUAACAACAAAACGACCCUCAGCUGGGAAAUAAUACCAGAUUUCAAUGCCUGUAAAGCAGAAAAUUAUACGUGGGAUAAUUCACCAAUGAAUUUUGAUCAUGUGGGCAAAGCUUAUCUUUGCUUGUUCCAAGUGGCAACUUUCAAAGGAUGGAUCCAGAUUAUGAAUGACGCUAUUGAUUCAAGAGAGCUUUUCAAACAACCAAUAAGAGAAACUAAUAUCUACAUGUACCUUUACUUCGUAUUUUUCAUCAUAUUCGGAUCAUUCUUUACCCUUAACCUGUUUAUAGGAGUAAUCAUCGAUAACUUCAAAAAAAACUUAUUUUAAGCCGGAGGGUCUCUGGAAAUGUUCAUGACUGAGGAUCAGAAAAAGUACUACAAUGCUAUGAAGAAAAUGGGAUCCAAGAAACCUAUGAAGGCCAUUCCGAGACCCAGGUGGAAACCCCAAGCGAUAGUGUUUGAAAUAGUGACAAAUAAGAAGUUCGACAUGAUAAUCAUGUUGUUUAUAGGACUAAAUAUGUUGACAAUGACUAUGGACCAUUAUCAACAAAAAGAGACGUUCACGAAAGUUCUAGACUAUCUGAAUAUGAUUUUUAUAGUUAUAUUUACUACAGAGUGCCUCAUGAAGUGUUUUGCUUUGCGUUAUCACUAUUUUACUGAACCUUGGAACCUUUUUGAUUUAGUAGUAGUAAUUUUAUCAAUUUUGGGACUAGUGCUCAGUGACAUUAUCGAGAAAUAUUUUGUAUCGCCGACGUUGCUCAGGGUAGUGCGCGUAGCGAAAGUCGGAAGAGUGCUUAGGCUGGUGAAAGGAGCAAAAGGAAUCCGUACUCUGCUCUUUGCACUCGCUAUGUCACUGCCUGCCCUCUUCAACAUCUGUUUGCUGCUCUUCUUGGUUAUGUUCAUCUUUGCCAUUUUCGGCAUGUCAUUUUUCAUGCACGUCAAAGACAAGAGCGGCCUCGACGAUGUCUAUAAUUUUAAGACUUUUGGACAAUCCAUGAUUCUGCUUUUCCAGAUGUCCACUUCAGCAGGGUGGGAUGGUGUCUUGGAUGGAAUAAUAAAUGAAGAAGACUGCAAACAGCCAGACAACGAGAUAGGAGAGACUGGAAACUGCGGCAACUCGACUAUUGGAAUAGCAUUUCUUCUAAGCUACCUAGUUAUAUCGUUUUUGAUAGUAAUAAACAUGUAUAUUGCGGUCAUCUUAGAAAACUACUCGCAAGCUACCGAAGACGUGCAAGAAGGUUUAACAGAUGACGAUUAUGAUAUGUACUACGAAAUAUGGCAGCAGUUUGAUCCCGAUGGCACGCAAUACAUCCGGUACGACCAACUGUCCGAUUUCCUAGAUGUAUUGGAGCCACCGUUACAAAUUCAUAAGCCGAACAAAUACAAGAUAGUGUCGAUGGAUAUUCCUAUCUGCAAAGGAGAUUUAAUGUUUUGUGUCGAUAUUCUAGAUGCUUUAACCAAAGACUUCUUCGCUCGUAAAGGUAAUGCAAUCGAUGAAACUGCUGAACUCAGCGAGGUGCAGCCAAAACCGAGCGAACUUGGUUAUGAGCCGGUUAGUUCGACAUUAUGGAGACAAAGAGAAGAGUAUUGCGCAAGGCUUAUACAAAAUGCUUGGAGAAAACAUAAAAGACUUCGCGGGGCGACUGAUCAGUCUGGAGAUGAAGAUGGUGAGCCCAACGAAGAUGGAGAUGAUGGUGAGGAAAUGGAAGCACGUCAAACAGCAGUCUUAGUAGAAAGAAAUGGACAUAAAGUGGUGAUCCACAGUCGGACGCCCAGCAUCAGCUCAAGAUCUGCAGACGUAUGAGAUCGGCCCCGCCCCUCCUUAACAUCGCCAUAGCACACAGAUUGCUAUGAACUAAGAGCAGGCCACUGGUGCGGUUCGUUAUCUCGGCUUUUCGUAUCAACUUAAAUCGAAGCUAGGGAACUAUCGCAAUAUAGUCUUGGUGAAAUGAUCGAGAUAAUCGGGCUCGUGGAUCAGCUUGUGUAAGUUUAGUUUGGUGGAGAAGGUAUCUUAUUCAAAAACAUCAACUGCAAUGCUAUUCAUACGACUCCUAAAACAAAACGUAGCUAGAUUAGAUAAUAAUAUUCCAAUCACUAGUUUUAAUGUUGUAUGGAUAGCUUAACAUCUUGUAAACUCUUAGUUGCGUUGAAAAUGUUCCCUUGUAAGUAUUUCUAGGAAGCAAAAAAGAAAUUUGAUCCCAGCACGUUUCUUUUGAGAAAUAGAUCCUUACGGCGCAUUUUCAGUCAAGAGUUUUCAUUGAUUGCCAGUUGAUUUUUUUUUAUUUAAUAGCAUAUCCUGUUAAUUUCAAAACGUUAACUCUUACAUUAUUCAUCGGUGAUUUUUUAGAAGACUGAUUAUUCUUUAGGACGGUUUUUUAUUUUUAUUUUAGUGUAUAAUCAAUAUCUGUUCGAAUAAUUUCUUGUCACAUACCUACCUAUAGACUAAUAAUUGGACUUAUUUCUAGUAUAAUAUUAGAACGACUAUUUAUUUAUUCUCAACCAGUGAUGGAAAAUUAUGUUUUAAAAACCAAAACCAUGAAAUAAUAAAAAUGCAUUUUAAAAGCAAUAUAAAAAAGCCUUUACCUCUGUACAUAAUAGAAUAUCUAUAAAGAUAAAAUGUAUAUCAAAUUAUAACGAAUGUUGAGUUACCACUGGGAGUGCUCUUAAUAAGUAUUGUUUAAAUGUUGCAUGCAGGAAAAUUACUCCAUUUACUUAACCUAUUAAUUAUUUAGCCAAACAAAAAAAUAUAUAUUUGUGUUGUAUGUAUAACAAGUAGCUGUUUUAUGUGGUGGCAGUAGGUACCUACUUGUUUAUUCUGUUUUUACUUUCAAACUAACAUUUACUUUCGAUUUUGAUAUGUUUUACAUUUGGGAUAAAGUGGAAAGUAUAACUAAUAAUAUCCUUGAAAAUUCGAAGCUGUUUUUUCCCUAACCUGUGUGCAAUUAUAUAUUCUUUCCAGAAUUAUUAUCAGUAUGGUUGUGAACUAAUUACCGACCACCCAAACUAAUGCUACUCUCCUAAUGUAUCAAUGAAAUAUUGCCAGACUAAAUAUAUUUUUUUUUGGUUCCACUCAUUAAAAACAGUUCUAUAACCGUUAACAACAUUUACACAAAUAAUAUUCGGUUGAUAUUAGUACCAAGUUAUAAAAAUAUACUCAAUACUUGAGUUGUUUGUAGCUAGUAGAACUGGGUUGUGAUCGGAACCAAAACCAAAAUUUUUGAGACUUGGAAAAGGAAUCAAAGGAAGUCAAAAUUAAUAUCCUUUGGAGUAGCAAAACAAAAUGCAAUAAAAAGUUCUUAAUAACUAAUACUAUUUCAAGGUUUUGGUUUUAAAAUUCCUGACAAAAUAAAACGUUGAAAUUAUUAGGAUAAACCCUAUAAAAUUCUGAAAAGUGUUUAAUCACUUGAAGAAAGAAUUCUAUGGAUAAAAAAUUAAAAAUAUUGUUAAAUAAAAUCCAGUUUAGAAUAUGUUCAGCCAGCACUGUUUGGUAUUUAUCGCUACAGCACAUUCCUCAAAAAAAAAAAAAAAACCUGGACCGGUCAGCGUUACAGUUUUACAGAUCCUAGAGCGAAGAAAAAAGUACAAAUGUCUAGGCAGAAUACGUGGACGUAUUGUUUCCCAAAAUACCUCCAAUUCUAAAUAAUAUUCUUUGCUGCCGAUUCAGGGUACCAGCUUUCAAUUUUAAUGAUUAAAGGGACAAAAUAUUUUGAGAAAAAAGUCUAUAAUAAUAUGCACAACUUAGCAGAUGUUGCGAUAUUAUGGCAUUUCCGUCAAGUUGAAGAGUAUUCUAUAAAGAUUUAUUAACUGCUUGUCGAAGUAAUUUGUUUUGAAUUUUGAAAAUCUUACAUUUUUGUAAUGGUUCUCGUGGCCCAAAAACUCAAAUACUUUGCAAAACUACCCAAUGGGUAAAGCCAGAAGCUUUCCUUUUACACUUUCAUUGCUUUCAUUUAAUAAAAUAUACCUACCUGAAGGUGAUUUUGAACUGUAUAGCUUCAUUAUAUACUUAUAUAAUAUUUUAUCAAAAGCCUAUUUGCAUCUAAUGUGAAAUUGCCUCGACAAGCAAACACUAAUUUAAUUGAUAAAAAAAAACAUUAUUUAUUAAUAUGUAUGUAUAAUGGUGCUUUCUUCAACUGCUAAUAAUCAAACUUCACAUGCUACAUGGACCGCUAGCGGGGAGGGGCGAUGGGAUAAUUUUUGCAAAAAUUAAAUAACAUGUUUGUAUGCCUCAUGUAAUAAAAAAAAAUUUAAUGAACGCAUCACCGUAUGUGUGACAUUUUUUUCGAGAGAAGCACGUUUUUACUCAACGAGCACAAAAUAUGUAAUACAAUGUAAAUUAAUUAUUUAUUAUUAAGAUGUGCUUUUUUGAAUCAUUCCUAAUUUGCUUAGAAUGUCAAUAAAAUGUCACUCAUACAUCAUUCAGUAACUCAAAAUUUAAUAAAACAAGAGCUGUUAUUUCUUAUUUCUCUAAAAAAAAAUAACAUUUAAAUAAUUCGUAUAUUAUUGUUAAACAUUUUAUAUAAAUAUUAUAGGUUUGGGAAGUUUAUGAUAAUGAUAGAUUAAAAUACUUGAAGUAUUCAAUAGAAAAUUAUAGUUAUUCCCAAACAUUAGUUUUAAAUUGAAUACUUACUUAAUAAAAAAUAUAUAUAAUUUAGGCAACGACUACAGACGAUCAAACCCAAUAAUUUUGAUAAAUAAAAAAAAAAAAACUUGAAUAAAUUUGUCUAAAAUAAAUGAAUAAAUAAAUUCAAGAAACCAAGAAACAUUUUUAUCAAGAUGCAGGUGUUUUGAAUAAAAACAGAAAAACGUUAUGAGGGAUCAAAAACGUAUCCGAAAUAUGGAAGCUAUGACAGAAUGUCUCCAGAAUUUCUAUAUUCUGAGGAAAAUGAAAAUAAUUGUUAACAAAUGAAGAAAAAAAAAAGUGAUUAUGGUGAUCAUUGCCUAAAUUUCUUCGAUCUACUCAGAUUUUUGGCAUAGGUAAUGUUGAUAGGACUCGCUACUACUGUUAAAAUAAAUAAUUCCUGAAGACCAACGUGUAAAUAAUUUUGUUGCUUGAUAAUAAAGAUAUAAUAAUAUAAUAUAUAAAUAAUUCCUGGCAGUAUCAGGCUGUGUGUUCAUUUUGUAGAAGAAUAAUUACAUUAAUUAAGUUUUGUUAGAUUGUGUACUAAAAAAAAAUGGAUGGAAUGUAUUCGGGGUUGGAAAAAUCUGGGAGAGAUCUAUGAAAUAUACAUAAAGUUACCAACAAUUGAAAUAAUUUUUAUCAAAAUAUAACUAUUCUUUCAGAUAAGCACAAAUGCUUUUUAAUGGUUUCAGUGGUUUCACAAAGCAUUAAAUGAAAUCUCAAUUAUAUUCGAAAUUAGUUUAUAUACAAAUUGCCCUUUCAAAUUUGCAUUAACAUAAAAAAAAAAAAAAAUUAAAAAGCAGCAUAAAUUCUGAAAUAAUAAAAUAUAUUCGUAUUGUUGGUUCUUUAUAAUACCAUAUUAGUGAAUGUCAGAAGCUUCUCAAAAUCCUAGAUGCAAAGUGAUACAUAAUAUAUUUAUACUGGCAAUCGCUAAUAAAAAUAUUUUUAGCUCCGCAGCUUUAUUGUUCAACUUUUUAACCCUUUUUAUCACGAUUGAGAUUUAAGGCAAAAACGGUCAUUCCAAAAAAAAUAACAUGAAAUUGGGGCGACAAUAAGGCAACUCAAAAAAUAGCAAACUUGUUUUUGAAUUUUAUAAUAUUUUUUGAUACAAUAGUUGGUUCCUAGAUGGCACCGAUUUUUGGCUUAAAUCAAUUUAUUAUCUUAUUUUGCGUAAAAUGACGCAUUUUAUGAAACUAAUAUAAUUAUAAGAUAUAACGAAUGCCGUUCCAAUAAAUAACACAUUUAAAGCAGAUUGAUGCAUCUUUAGCUCUAUUACACAAUUGCGUUGUGGUAAAAUUAUAGUAAAUUAAGAAGAAAAAAAUAUACAGUCGUUUCAAAUAACAACCACAUAAUCGAAUUUGUCGAAAAUUUUUUAGGGAGUGAUAAAAAAAAAAACAAACACAUUCAAUAACACAAAAGAAACAUUUUGCACAUGACUGUAUAAGAUUUUUGCUUUGGUUAUUUUUGCAAUUUUAAGAAAAUUUAAUAUUUAAAUUCAACUAAAAAGUGUUAUCAGAAAUCUACAAAGGCAAAAAAACUGGCAAUAAAAUUGUGUCUGACACAUAAAUUGAAUUUGGGCAUAAAAAAUAUUUACCUAAUAAAAAAAUUAUACUUAGUUGAGUUUUAAUGUUAAUAUAUUUCUUAACCUAAUGUAGAUACAUGUAAUUUGAAAUGCACACCUUAUUAUUGUUAAAUAUGUGUUCAUUACAAUGUAUCUACAUGUAUAAAACGUAAUCAUUCAUGUAAUGAAUAAUCAUAGUAUUACAACAAACAUAAUAUAUACAUAUAAUUUUUCUAAGCAAUCGUUGUUUUAGGGUAGCUAUUGACAUAAAAAAAAAACUUUAGUUUAUAAGCUUUGCGAAAUUGAAGCGACCUCGAUUUAAAUUGAACAUAAUUGAAUUGUCCAUCUACCAUUUUGUUACAUUUCUAUUGUUUUGUUGGUUAUCAAUUUGAAUAAAAAAUAAAAAAAUACUUACUUGGUGGUGUUUUUGCUAUGUGAUAUCCUAUAAUGAGACGUUGUAAAAAUAUCACAGGCAUUUAUCC